GUUGAGUGCGGGUGGUUAGACAGCGGGGUGAGAGAGGGAAACAGGCAACGGUGUCGGAGCGGAGUAGGUGCUCUCACACCUAUUUUGUUUUUUUAUUUUGUUAAUGCUCAGGUUGAGUAAUAUAACUUGACAGCUAAUAAAGGGCGAGUCAGUUGCACAGACCUCUCACUUUAUCUGAGCCUACCUGUGUUAAAGCAGCGUUGCCACUGCCUGCUCGCUGACUGCUGAGCUGCAAGUGUAUUUCUUGGGAAUUAAAAAGGAACAACAGGGAAGUGUUUCUCUUGAGAUUUUUUUUUAUUGGUUUGAGUAUAUAAUGGGAGACACUGACUCGGCCAGUUAAUUUACUGCAAGCGGAUUGUAUGAAGAGCGCGCAGCCCUGCCGAGUGUGCGCGCGGACACUGGAAAGUUGGUGGGUGGCCACGGUGAAAUCGCGCCGCAGUACUGAAACGGACCGUGGACUGGUUGGCCGGGACGGCUUCUGGACUGAUACUCUAUUUGGAAAGGGCGAAUCAGCCCCCGUGUCUUGGUGUACGGAGUCGAGCUAAAGAACAGAGAACGUUUGUCUCCCGGAUUGGAAAAUAUUUUUACGCCUCUCGCAGGUUUGCACCGAGAGGACCUACACGCCAGUCCGCUAGACCUUCACCUGUCGAGUUCUCUGGGGCCGCGAGGCUUCACCUGGCAGCAUGAAAGCGUAGCCACGCCCCCCUCGCUGAAGGAAAUGGCUUCUGAUUGGUCGAGCUUGCACUGCCUGGCGUGGGACGUGGCCGCACCUCUGCUGGGGAUCUGAGCGGUUUAUGGGAGACCCCCGGUUUUUUUCCCUGAGGAUUCCCCCCUCCCUUCUGCCCCAUCCCAGCCCACUAGCCCCCCACCACCACCACCACCCCACCCCUAAUCUGUCUUACCCCGCCCACUUUUUUUAAAAAUUCAUUUUUUUCUUGCCCGGAACCGAAGACAUGGCGAAGAACUCGUACAGCGGGGUGAAGAACUCCAUGGCGACGCCCAAUCACGGCGGCGGCUUCGCCGUCUCGCUGCAGGAGCUGCGCUCCCUGAUGGAGCUGCGGGGGGCGGAGGGGCUGCAUAGGGUGGAGGAGGCGUUCGGUGGCGCGCAGGGGCUCUGCUCGCGCCUCCACACCUCCCCCGUGGACGGUUUAAGUGGAAACCCCGCAGACAUCAGUAAAAGAAUAGAAGAGUUUGGGCAGAACUUUAUACCUCCGAAAAAGGCAAAAACCUUUCUGCAGUUAGUGUGGGAGGCGCUGCAGGACGUGACGCUGAUCAUCCUGGAAGUGGCGGCCAUCGUUUCGUUGGGUCUGUCUUUCUACAGACCUCCGGAUGCGGAAAGAGAGCACUGUGGAAAGGCAGCAGGCGGGGUGGAGGACGAGGGGGAGGCGGAGGCGGGCUGGAUCGAGGGCGCGGCCAUCCUGCUGUCCGUGGUCUGCGUGGUCCUGGUGACGGCCUUCAACGACUGGAGCAAGGAGAAGCAGUUCCGCGGGCUGCAGAGCCGCAUCGAGCAGGAGCAGCGCUUCAGCGUGGUGCGCGCCGGGCAGGUCAUCCAGAUCCCCGUGGCCGACAUCGUGGUCGGGGACGUCGCCCAGAUCAAAUACGGUGACCUCCUGCCCGCCGACGGCGUGCUGAUCCAGGGGAACGACCUGAAGAUCGACGAGAGCUCGCUGACCGGCGAGUCCGACCACGUCAAGAAGGUGCUGGAUAAGGACCCCAUGCUGCUGUCGGGCACCCAUGUGAUGGAGGGCUCGGGGAAGAUGGUGGUGACAGCGGUGGGAGUGAACUCCCAGACCGGAAUAAUCUUCACCCUGCUGGGGGCGGGAGAGGACGACGAGGACGAAGAGGAGGAGAAGAAGAAAAAGAAAGAGGAGAAGAAGAGAGAGAAGAAGAACAGGAAGCAGGACGGAUCCGCCGAAAACCGCAAGAAAGCUAAGGCCCAGGAUGGAGCCGCAGUGGAGAUGCAGCCGCUCAACAGCGAGGGAGGCGAUGGGGAAAAGAAGAAAGCCAACCUGGCAAAGAAAGAGAAAUCUGUUCUACAGGGGAAGCUGACAAAACUGGCCGUCCAGAUCGGCAAAGCAGGCCUGGUGAUGUCAGCCAUCACUGUCAUCAUCCUGGUGGGUCUCUUCGCGGUGGACACCUUCUGGAUCCAGGGCCUCCCGUGGGUCAAAGACUGCACCCCCAUCUACGUCCAGUUCUUUGUCAAGUUCUUCAUCAUCGGCGUCACCGUGCUGGUGGUGGCUGUGCCUGAGGGUCUGCCAUUGGCUGUCACCAUCUCCCUGGCCUACUCCGUUAAAAAAAUGAUGAAGGAUAAUAACUUAGUGAGGCACCUGGACGCCUGUGAGACCAUGGGCAACGCCACGGCCAUCUGCUCCGACAAGACGGGCACGCUCACCACCAACCGCAUGACCGUGGUGCAGGCCUACCUGGCCGAGAAGCACUACCGCAGGGUCCCGGACCCGGCGCAGAUCCCCGGCACCAUCCUGGACCUCCUCGUCCUGGGGAUCGGGGUCAACUGCGCCUACACCACCAAAAUCAUGGCCCCGGAGAAGGAGGGAGGCCUUCCCCGCCAGGUGGGGAACAAGACCGAGUGUGCCUUACUGGGGCUGGCCUUGGACCUGAAGAGAGACUGCCAGGCCGUGCGCAGGGACAUCCCGGAGGAGAAGCUCUACAAGGUCUACACCUUCAACUCCGUCAGGAAGUCCAUGAGCACCGUGCUGAAGAACGCCGACGGAAGCUUCCGGAUGUUCAGCAAGGGGGCCUCAGAGAUCCUGCUGAAGAAGUGCUGCAGGAUCAUGACGGCGGGCGGGGAGGCGCGGCAGUUUCGGCCGCGGGACCGGGACGACCUGGUGAAGCAGGUGAUCGAGCCCAUGGCCUCCGAGGGCCUGCGGACCAUCUGCCUGGCGUACCGCGACUUCCCCGCCUCCGAGGGCGAGCCGGACUGGGACGACGAGAACGGCAUCCUGACCGCGCUCACCUGCCUGUGCGUGGUGGGCAUCGAGGACCCCGUCCGGCCGGAGGUCCCAGAGGCCAUAAGGAAGUGCCAGCGCGCUGGGAUCACCGUACGGAUGGUUACCGGGGACAACAUCAAUACGGCCCGCGCCAUAGCAACCAAGUGCGGGAUACUGCAGCCGGGCGGCGACUUCCUGUGCAUGGAGGGCAAGGAGUUCAACCGCAGGAUCCGCAACGAGAAGGGAGAGAUUGAACAGGAGCGCAUCGAUAAGAUCUGGCCCAAACUCCGCGUGCUGGCAAGGUCCUCCCCUACUGACAAACACACGCUUGUGAAAGGUAUCAUCGACAGCACUGUUCUAGAACAGAGGCAGGUCGUCGCGGUGACAGGAGACGGCACCAAUGACGGCCCAGCCUUGAAGAAAGCGGACGUUGGGUUCGCCAUGGGCAUCGCCGGGACGGAUGUGGCCAAGGAGGCGUCUGACAUCAUCCUGACGGACGACAACUUCUCCAGCAUCGUGAAGGCGGUGAUGUGGGGGCGGAACGUGUACGACAGCAUCUCCAAGUUCCUGCAGUUCCAGCUCACCGUCAACGUGGUGGCUGUGAUCGUGGCCUUCACCGGAGCCUGCAUCACACAGGACUCCCCUCUGAAGGCGGUGCAGAUGCUGUGGGUGAACCUGAUCAUGGACACCUUCGCCUCGCUGGCUCUGGCCACUGAGCCGCCCACAGAGUCUCUGCUGCUGAGGAAGCCCUACGGCCGCAACAAGCCGCUCAUCUCCCGCACCAUGAUGAAGAACAUCCUGGGCCACGGCGUCUACCAGCUCACCAUCAUCUUCACCCUGCUGUUCGCCGGUGAGCAGAUCUUUGACAUCGACAGCGGGCGGAACGCCCCGCUCCACGCCCCCCCGUCGGAACACUACACCAUCGUCUUCAACGUCUUCGUCAUGAUGCAGCUCUUCAACGAGAUCAACGCCCGCAAGAUCCACGGCGAGCGCAACGUCUUCGAGGGCAUCUUCAACAACCUCAUCUUCUGCUCCAUCGUCUUCGGCACCUUCAUCAUCCAGAUUGUCAUUGUUCAGUUUGGUGGGAAGCCGUUCAGCUGCGUGGGCCUGACUGUGGACCAGUGGCUCUGGUGCGUCUUCCUGGGCAUGGGCUGCCUGCUCUGGGGCCAGUUCAUCUCCUCCAUUCCCACGAGCCGGCUGAAGUUCCUGAAGACGGCGGGGCACGGGACGCAGAAGGAGGAGAUCCCCGACGAGGAGCUGGAGGACAUGGACGACCUGGAGGAGAUCGACCACGCCGAGCGCGAGCUGCGCCGCGGCCAGAUCCUGUGGUUCAGAGGCCUCAACCGCAUCCAGACCCAGAUGGAUGUAGUCAAUGCUUUCCAGAGUGGAUCCUUUCAGGCGGCUCUGAGGAGGCAGUCCUCGGGCGCCAGCCAGCAGCAGCUGGACGUGCCCCCUGCUGCUAGCCCUGCUGCUAGCCCCGCGCACAUCCGGGUGGUGAACGCGUUCCGUAGCGCCUCCCCCUUCGAGGGGCUGGAGAACGCGGAGGCGCGCAGCUCCAUACACAACUUCAUGACCCACCCCGAGUUUCGGAUAGAGGACUCCGAGCCCCACAUCCCCCUCAUCGACGACACGGACGCCGAGGACGACGCCCCCACCAAGCGCAACUCCUCCUCCCCCGGCACGCCCCCUCCAGAAACCACAUCUCUGGCCCCGCCCCCGUCCCCGCCCCCAUCCCCGCCCCUGCCCAAUCAGAACAACAACGCCGUGCACAGUGGAGCCCAGCACUUCCUGGAGAGCCGGGUGUUGGGCCUGCCCCCGGGGAGCCCCCUUCACAGCCUGGAGACCUCCCUCUGAGCCCCGCCCACACCGGACGCUUGGCCCCACCCCCUCCCUCUGAGCCCCGCCCACACCGGACCCUGGACCCCACCCCCUCUCUCUGAGCCACGCCCACACCAGACACUUGGCCCCGCCCCCUCCAUCUGAACCCCACCCACACCGGACGCUUGGCCCCGCCCCCUCCAUCUGAGCCCCACCCACACCGGACACUGGACCCCACCCCCUCUCUGUGAGCCCCGCCCACACCGGACACUUCCUGCUGGAACCCAGAGCCAGUGUCUGAGGGGGAGAAAAAGGAGGAGGAGGAAGACAAGGAGGAAGAGGAGGA